GGCCGUUCAAAUAGAAGUCCAUUAAUUACGAAAUCAUUCCGCCGCUUUCUUGUAGGCUUUCAGUAUACCCUGCUACAAUCAUUCAAAUGUAAAUUUGAAUUCUUGGCUAUUUUGUCCAAAUUAAUUGCAGUAGUUCAAACGUACCAGCCUACCGGUUAGUUACAAGGUCAAAAGCUCGACUUGUCCACGAGAUGGUCCUUUAUUAACCUGACGAUUACUAGUAAAUAGUAAUUGGCUAAUUUGCUACACAAUUAAAGGAAUUCUAUUAGUUAUGGCAGAGUAUUUAAAAGAUUUUCCCAGUGGUCCCUUAGAUCAAUAUAGGAAAAGGGCCUCUUUCGAUUGGAAAAAGCUGAAACUGUAUCUUUAUUCCGAGGAGAUUUUACAAUAUCAGCAUAAUGCCUAUCAAGAGUUCCUGCGACAUCCUAUUUUUUACUCGGAAUCGUACCAAACCAGGCCGCUAGAUGAGCAAAGAAAAAUCGCCGCGAAGCAAACGAUGAUCCUAAACAAUAUGGAAUCGUUAUCGGUCGCCAACGCCUUUGCGAAUUCCCACUUUCCGAUAAUCAAGAUUAAAUUACUGAUGCAUCUGAAUCCGUCGACUGCCGUGAAAAAUUCAAUCUCCUUCGCCAUGUUUCCGAGUGUAGUCCAGAGUUUAGGUACGGAAAGGCACAAUCACUAUUUGAAAGCCUCAUUGGGAGGUGAUAUUAUCGGAGCGUACUGUCUGACCGAAUUCGGUCAUGGUAGCAAUGCUAAGAGUAUCCAAACGGUUGCCACUUAUGACAGAGAUACAAAGGAGUUUAUUCUUAAUUCGCCGUGCUUUGAGGCAGCAAAAUGUUGGGCGGGAAACUUAGGUCAAACUGCUACCCAUACGGUUGUUUACGCCCAACUAAUAACUCCCGAUGGAGUUAACCAUUCCUUACACCCAUUUCUAGUCAAUGUACGCGAUCCUAACACAUACCUCCCAUAUCCGGGAGUGAUUGUCGGGGAUAUGGGAGAAAAAAUUGGGUUAAAUGGCGUCGACAAUGGAUUUGUUAUGUUUAACAAUUAUCGUAUACCGAGGACCCAGUUGUUAAAUAAGACGGCGGAUGUUGCUGAAGACGGGACGUAUGUGGCUAGAUUGCGGGAUCCUAGUAAGCGGUAUGGUGCUUCGUUGGGCGCGUUGUCGGUUGGGAGAGUGAUGAUUGUUGGGAUUUGCGCGGCGUACGCCUCGCAAGCGCUUACCAUCGCAAUUCGUUAUGCUGCCAUUAGGAAACAGUUCGGGCCGGAAGGGGAAGAGGAGAUUUCGAUACUGGAGUAUCAAAGUCAUCAACAUCGUUUAAUUCCCUACUUGUCUGUGGCAUACGUCUUGGACCUUUUUUCGAACUACCUCGGAGCUGUACAAAUCGAGUUUAUUACAGAAGCCAUGACUGGUAAUGACAAUACGGCCGACUUGGGUUUAGAAUUACACGCGAUAUCAUCCAGUGGGAAACCGCUGGCGGGUUGGUUGGUGCGUGAUGCUGUUCAGGAAUGUCGGGAGGCCUGUGCUGGCCACGGGUAUCUCAAAGCUUCUGGAUUAGGCGAUCUUAGAAACAAUAAUGACGCUAACUGCACAUAUGAGGGGGAGAAUCAUAUUUUGAUUCAACAAACGAGUAAUUGGCUACUAAAGUUCUGGCCCGCAGUUAUGAAGGGAGAAAAAAUUGAUUUUCCUUUAAAGUCUGUGAAUUUUUUAACUAACGCACAAGAAAUUCUAAGGAGAAAAUUUAACUUCAAUUCGUUUGAAGAUGUUAUGGAACCAAAAAAUAUUCUAGAUAUGUACCAGUGGCUUGUGUGCUUCCUUUUGAGGGCUUCCUUCGAGAAAUAUGAAACUUUAACUAAGGUUGAAAAAUUAGAUCCAUUUUGGGCCAAAAACGAAUCCCAAGUGUUUUACCUUAAGAAUUUGGCAAUUGUGUAUAUUCAGCACUUUAUAAUUCAACGGGUAUAUCUCACUGUCUUAAACGCGCAAGACGCAAACAUCAAGAAUAUUUUGACCAAAAUUGUAUCUUUGUACGGAGUAUGGACGUUGGAAAAAUAUUUGACGAUCUUUUACCAGGGAGGAUACGCCUCGGACUCGAGAUUAAUCAAUUUUAUACAGACCGCCAUUUUAACUUUAUGUAAAGAUUUAAAGGACGACGCCGUCGCUUUGGUCGACGUGAUCGCGCCCCCUGACUUUUUGAUUAAGUCAGUUUUGGGUCAGUCGGAUGGAAUGGUAUACAAGCACUUGCAAAACGCCAUGUUCGAAACUCCGGGCGCCAUGUCCAGAGUGAACUGGUGGAAAGACAUUAAGAGUUGGAAAUCGAAGCUUUAAGUUUUUUUUAAUUUACAAUGGAUACAUCACAUUAAUUUUAUUGUUGGCUUUUUAUAAUUCUAUAUUUUCAUAUUAUUAAUAUACACAAUGUUCACCAUCACAAA